CCAAUUAGCACUAGCUGUGGUCACCUCUUAUAAAAGCUCAUCAAGUCUAGCUGCUUGACAACUGGUCCUGAAGCAAUGGCUGCCUUUUGGCUUUUGGUUGUGCUGGCGCUUGCUGUCUUGAUUGCUGAAGGGUUUUCUUUUCCCGCUGGCUCUACACAAGCUGAGUCUGAUACUGAGCUGAAGAAAAUGCCAGAUGUGUCUCCUGAAGAUGUUUCACUUAAGAGUGCUUUUGAACUUCUCCAGUCUUUGGAUUCUGUGUUGGCGCUACAUGCCAAAGAAGGUCACCUGGCAGCGAAAGAAGUGGAAAUUGAUGCAGCUCUUGGCCUGGGAAAUGUUUUACUGCACAAACCCAAAGGGCUCCAAACAAAAUCGGGCAGUCAUCACAAUGUGAGCAAAAACCUCCAGCAUGACCUGAGCGACGCAAGCUACAAUAUGAGAAAUGACCAUGUGCAUCACAACGUGAGCAACAGCCAUCAACAGGAAAAAAUGCACUACAACCAAAAGAGUGACUCAAGUGACAAGGUGAGUCAUGGCCACCAGGACUACGCCUUGAGCCAAAACAUGAGCAGCAAGAGCCACCAGGAUGAUGCAGACUACCAGGAUGAUUCCUUGAGCCACGACCAGAUGAGCAGCAAGGGCUACCAGCAUGACUCCAUGAGCCAUGACUACAUGAGCAACAGCCACUAGUGGGACCAACAGCUACCCGACUGAGCCUUGAUGACUUGACAGAUGGUGUGAAGUUUGUUUGAUGUAGGUGGUUUCAUUGCAUUAGUGAAGGCAUUGAAGAGCUCAACUGUUCAUGUAAUUAAUUACUCAAUAAAACGCUUUCCCUUGA